AACGAAGAAGAAGCCAUUAAAAGCUUGGUUAAAAAUGUCAGCAUUGCAUUCAGUAGACUCAGCAGAAAGCCCUAUUCCUAAGAGAAUAAAGUUAGAUAUUGAUGAGAAAACAACUUCUGAAGACAGUAUCCAUAAUGACCUUAACGAUCUUUCAAGUUUUAACAUAAAAAGUGUUUUAUCAAAUAACACCAAUCUAAAAAGACUCAUUUUGAGGGGAACAUUCGACUCAAAAGAAGGUGAUGCAGUAGUAAUUUUACAGAAAACUGCGUUUGAAGAAGAAGACUUGGCAUCGUAUAAAAACCACUUUACAGAUACAAAUCCUUUAGAAAAGACAUUUCAAAACGAUAUUUAUGGGGAUUAUAAAUAUUUCGCGGACAAAGAUUUAAGUGUUAUUAAAACAACAGUGAUCCAUCCAGCAACUGAGAAGCAUAUUAUUAAAUUUUCGACCCAAAAGUUAUAUAUUGUUGACGAAACUCCAGCAAUAUAUAAAGAAGUAGUUCUUCCACAAUUAACAGACGAAUCCCUGCAUCUACAGUGGGUAUAUAAUAUUAUUGAACAUAAAUCAGAAGUGGAAAGAAUAAUAUUUGAAGAUACAGAUCCAGACAAUGGUUUUGUAAUGCUACCAGAUUUGAAGUGGAAUGGACAUAUAAAUACUCUCUAUUUGUUAGCUGUCAUCAAUAGACGGGAUAUAAAAUCUAUGAGAGAUUUGACAGGAAAUCAUUUGGAAUUGCUUAGGAACAUAAAAAAGAAAGGGGUGGAAGCCAUCAAAGCCAAGUUUGGAUUAGACGAGUCAAGAUUAAGAAUAUAUCUUCACUAUCACCCAUCAUUCUAUCACCUUCACAUACAUUUUGGUUUUUUACAACAUGAUGCACCAGGAAUUCUAACAGAAAAAGCACAUCUUUUGUCACAAGUCAUCAAUAAUAUUGAACUUUUACCUGAUUACUACCAAAAAGCAACAAUACCAUUUGUUGUUAGAGAGAAUGAUGUAUUGUGUAAAAAACUUCAAGAACACGGUGUUUUAAAUAUUUCUUAAAAUGGCAGAAGUGUACAAGACUGUUCUUUUAGAAAUUAGACCACGAUUACAAUGUGUAAAUGCAUUUAUUAAGUUGUGUUCUAAUAGGAAUCCCAUAGAAGUUGUUCUUGAACAUGAUGCCAUAUUGCUAUUAAUAAAUAAGGAAAUCACUAAAAUUGGUUGCAAGAAUAUGAAAAUAGUGACAAAUAGUUUAUCUUCAUUGAGAGUGACUGAUAAUUUUUUAAGUUUCAGAUUCUUGACAGAAAUAACUCAUGAAAACAAAGGUAGUUUUAAGGCAGAAUUUUUACAAAACACAGUAGCUAGUAUAGAAUCGUUAAGUAAUAAACCAUUAUUGUCAACUAAUUCACGAUAUAUUAUACAAUGUGCUAAUUGUAAAAAAUCACUUUCAAACUAUCUUCAUUUUCAUCGAGUAUUACCAUUACCAUCAGAAACUUUAGAUGCCAGUGAUUGGUUUUGUCAUAACCACGGGAAUUCUGGUAGCAUCAGUUUAGACCCAAAACCAAAUGACUUAUUUUAUUCCCAAUGUUUUGUACAUAUUAACAUUGAAUGUGCAAUUAACUUGAAAGUAUCAAAUAAUGUAUUGGUUUGUAAAUUUUGUUUAAAAUGGUUAGGAAAAAAACAUACCAACAACACUAUUAAAUUGUGGUUUAAUACAGUGAUGUUUUCAAAUGAUAAUACUUCAAUUGCCUCAUCAAGUUUAGAAGACAGUUUUCAAGUCAUAAAAAAUACUCUUAAACUUUCUUUGCAUAACGCAUCAAAACUGAUCCUGUCUUGCCAGACUUCCCGUACAAAUACUGAUACUUUAUUACUGUGGGUCUUGGAAAAGAACCUUCAUAUAUUAUUUGGAGAAGAAAGCCUUAAAGAUUAUCAUGUGGCUAAAGUUUUAUUCAAAUUUGUCAAAAUAGAUGAUAUAUUGCUUAAAGAAUGGCAUGAUGAUUCUUUGGUUAGUAAUAUAGACAUAUCUAAACCUAUGAUGGUGGAUUUGUUGACCAAUUUGUAUAAAUGUAAUGAAUUAUUUCCUUUAGAAUAUUCUAAAUCCAAUGAUUUUAGAGUAUCUUAUUUAUUUCUAUCUGAAAUUUUCCAAUAACAAUUCCGAUUUUAUCCUACAGGUAAUAGAAAAUAUCUGCUCCCUGCUAUUUUAUAUAUUUAUAUGUACCUACCACUAACCAUUUGAAAAGGUUUUAUAUAUUUUGUAUUAUGUAAUUGGUACAUGAAAUAUAGUAUUUGUAAAAUUGUUUCAAUUAUUUAUAAUAAAAUACGAAAAUUUGAAUAUGCAAGGUAUCUCAUAACUCCUAGUUGAAAAAAAAA